AUGCUUUUCGUUCAGACUGUUAUUUCUUUGAUCUGUAAGCUUUGUUUAUUGGCACCAUUUAUUAGCUUGCUGUCCUUAUCUGAAAAUCCAGAGUUUAUACAAGAAUGUAAUCAUUACAUGCAGCAUUCUCUUAAGUACCCUUCAUUUUCCAGACAGAUGAAGUUCACUCCAGUAAAUUCAAGCUUUGUUUUCGAACCAAUAACAACUCCAAAUAAAAACAUCCAAAGCUAUUUUAUGAGGUCCGAGCAGUCUUUUUUCACUCCAGAAAACCUAAAAUAUCCAUUAUACCCGUCUUCAGACCCUGCUGCACAGUUCCUAGUCUUAGACGGACUUAUUGUGGUUAAUGGUAAAAAAUCGAGCAUGACUUCCUUUUAA